AUCCAUUCGAGAUUCGUCCCUCUUUGUGAAUUCAUCCCUAUGUGACUUUGACGAUCAAGGGGUUGCCGACACAGUACGUCGACACAAGCUAUGCAAGUUUCAUAAGAGGCGAUCAAAAGGAAAAGUUUUAUAUUAGAUAUAUUUUGUAUUAGACAAAAGAAGUAAUUAGUUUAUAGGGAUAUUCUUUAUAAUUUAAUUAAUAGAAUAUAUCAUUUGAUUAAAUUUAAACGCUUGUAUGUUGAGGUUGCGUUUAUCAAGAUGGACCUACCAAGUCGAAGAAAAAGAAGAGAAUAAGAAUAAGAAGAAGAUCUUAUUUAGUAUUACGAAGCUCUUUAACAGGUUCGAUUUUUCACGGAUCUAGGGAAAUCUUGUUGUAUCGUUAAAUAGCAUACGACGUGAUCCGGACGGUGGAGAAAAUCAAAAAGGACGUCGUGACGAAUGUUACAAAGGAUACUAGGAUAUAUCGAAUGGUAGCGAAGUUGGUUUUUGUAUGGUUUCGUAGGUCGUUUGACAGAAGGGUGUUCUUCUCUUGGUUGACGAGAAAAAGAGAGAGAGAGAGAGAGAGAGAAAAGAGAGGCAAACGUGGAUGGCUCGCUUCUGGAGGGUAGAUUCGCUCGGAGUAUUACAAUAAAUCAACGAACCGCUUUCCAGGGCUCCACCCUCGCAACUUCUCUACAAUAUAUUCCAUACAGGACGCGAUAAUACAACGCAAGAGAAACGGCAGAGUGUCCCUUUCAUUGUUGUCCAAAGUGGUUUACAAAGGUCAUACUCCUUGGUGCGUACGACCUCUAUAAACGAUUGUUUUUCUUACUUCCGAUCGUCAUUUUAUCUGGAAUGAUAACUUUAACUUUGAUGUCAAGUUUAGUCAUUGUUUUCUAAAUGUCAAAUUUGAACCAUGUUUGUCCCGUUAUAAAGAAAACGCGAAAGAUCAAAUAUUGAUUACAGCCGUUCAUUCAUUUACCCGAAAGCUUGUUCGUUCCAUUUUUUUUUCUUUUUUCUUUUUCUUAUUCUUUUAGGUGGAUGCAUGAAGAUUCUGCAAAUACGUAAGGAAAAAAAGCAAAGAAAAAAAGAUAUUACAGAGUAGAGUCAAUCUAUGUUAUAUAAAUAUUUCUUACACAUAGGUCUACGAAGGAUAUUAUAAGAUACUACAAAAAAGCAAAAAAUAAGUUUGUCGUGGUACUCUGUUACGACAUUUGCAUCAGCCAACAUUUUCUUUUUUUAACUGGCUCAAGGUCGAAGUAUUCAUAUAACAAAAGUUGUCACACUUUAGUUCUCCUAACGACAAUCUCUCCACAGUAAAUUCAGUAAAAAGAAGAUUAUCAAAAAAGAUUUAUGAAAAAAGUGAUAGUAUUUAUAAAAAAAUUUUUAACAAGUUCAUCUUCUUUUUCCAAUUAAUAUCAAAAUAUUCUAUAAGAUCUAUAAAUGCGUGUCUAUAAAUCGAGUAUGGCCAGUAAACGAAAGAAAUUCUAUUCGAAGCUAAGCUAAGCUAAGUAAAAUCUUUUCUGAUCAAAACUUUUCAUUACACUUUCCUAUAUAAAGGGGCACGUUCUGGAGAACGUAGUGGGCAUGUCUGAGGAUUGCAACGCCUCGAUCGUACCCCUCAGUUUUUUUUCCAAGCUCCCCUCUUUUUUGUCUGCCCCCUCUCUUUCCCAUAGCUCUCCCAUACAGUUGACUAAUUCAUAACAAAAGGAUCGAGCGUCGUAAACCGAGCCUUCGGCAGGCCCUCCAAAAGCCCACCACUCGGUUCUUCUUCAAAGCGUGUCCGUCUCUUUCUCUCUCUCUUUCUCUGUCACUCUCUGCCAAUCGCCUCUUUUUCUUCCACCCUUCUCUACUGCGGUCCGUCCAAGGGUACGACCCAAUCCCGAGCAAGAGGGUGGGAACUUUUGGCGGUAUAUAAUCUUUCUCCUGAGAACGAUCGAAACAGUUAACUACGAAUAUUCGUUGUGAACAUUUUAGUUAAAGGAGAAUAUUUUCUUUUAUAAAUCGAGUGAGAAAUAUAUAGAUCAGUCAGAUUCAGUGUCUAUUUCAUUGUCUUUUAUUUAAGAAGAUAUAAAAGAAAAAUCUUUUAAAGCGAGAUCGAAAUCUUAUAAUAAUUUAUAAUCGUCUAAAAAAAAAAAAUAUAUAUAUAUAUAUAUAUAUUACCGUGAUAUUUUUUAAAAGUUGAAUCUUUUAAACAAAAUGGCUGACAAUUUUUUCCGUCCUUGGACGAUAAACGAGAAGACGAGGAACGUUGCGGAGAACAAUACGGAGGAAGAAGACUGCGAUAGUAUUAUAUCACUACCGCUAGAAGAUAACAAUAUUCGAUCUCCGUAUGAAGGUAGCGAUGAAAGGAGGAGUAACGAAUCGUUGUCUUCUCCUAUAAAUGUAGAAAAUGUCGGUGAAGAACAAAGUUUGGAUUCUGUACCGAGAAAUUCUUACGAGGCGUCGUCCAAGGAUAACGCACAUCUUUCUACGGAUCAAUGUCCAAAUGAUAUUAAUACCGGCAUGAAGAAUUUGCCUUCUACCAGUAACGCAAAUUUCUUAGCUUAUUGUCAGUUUGAUUAUUUACAUAAUAUUAAUUUGUAUCAGCCAUCAGAAAUGUUUACGAUACAGAACAUGAAUGGUACAUGUUGGCCAUCAUCGAGCUUUCUCAAUAUUAAUGCAUUCACCAAUGCAUGUCGUACCGCUAUACCACCGCCGAUUCAUCAUUAUACACCACCAACUUAUACCACAUCCGUUGAAAAAGCUGCUGAGUUGGUAAAUUUACAAGACGUUGCUGCUAAGCAAAUGAAAAAGCUUCGUCCGAAAAAAUUUCGCUGCGAGUACUGCGACGUGGCGUUCAGUAACAAUGGCCAACUCAAAGGACACAUUAGAAUACAUACAGGCGAAAGACCAUAUAAAUGUGAUUCAGAGGGAUGCGGCAAAAGUUUUACACGGAAUGAGGAAUUAACUCGGCAUAAGAGAAUCCAUACUGGGUUAAGACCUCAUAUCUGUAUGCUUUGUGCAAAACGUUUUGGUAGAAAGGAUCAUUUAAAAAAGCACACGAGGACGCAUGAAAAUCGUGACCCAUAUCACGUCUCUGCAUCCUCUUUAGAUAUUUUUUCAUCUGGAAUCGCUUUUCCGUCGUAUCUCUAUCCAAAAUAAAAAAAAAAAAAGAUUGGUUAAUUUAUAAGACCUUGCAAGCAAACAAGCAAGUAAGCAAGCAAGCAAACAAGCAAAUGCAUAAAACUUCGACCAAAGAAAUUUUGCUACGAGUAUUGCGACGUGGUAUUCAAUAAUAAUACCAAACUCAAAAAACACAUCGGAAUACAUAAUGUUGGAAAACGAUACAAAUGUGAUUCUGAAGAAUGCAGCAAAAAUUUUACAUGGAACGAGGAGUUAAUUCUUUGGUACAAACGUAUUCAUACAGGAUGAAGACCUCGCGUUUUCAUUUUUUUUUUUUUUUUAUGUGACGAAUAAUUCAGAAGAAAAGAUCAUUUAAAAGAACAUACAAGAUAAUUGUUAAUUAUCAUAGAAAACUUUCAUUCUUCAUACUAAUCGUCUAGUCUUCCAUAUGACAAUUUUUAAUAGUAAUUUAUUUUCACAAAAAGUAUAUAUAAAUAUAUAUAUAUAUAUUUAUUUAUUUAUUUAUUGUAGACGUCGCAUACUAAACGCGAUGAAUUAGGCUAUAUACAUACAUGCUCAAUGUCGACCAUUUUUCCGUCUGUGCCUAUACUCUAUAUAUAUAUAUAUUUUAUAUCAGAUAUAUGCGAGACUUUAAUCAAAAUGUUCGUGAAAUUUUUUAAUUUCUUAAGAAAAAAAAU